UGUGGUCGCGCCUGUCUCGGUGCGCGGUUGUGUUACGUUGCUCGCGAAUCCGGUAUUUAUAAACAAACGAAGUGCUAAUUAUUUAUAUCCGUGUGUUUAGGAUAUUUGAUGUGCAGAAAUUAAUUUGUGUCACAGUCCUUGUUAUGUAAAACGCUGGUUGCAAAUAGGUACGGUGUUUAAUGCGUGUUUAAUAUACAGAUAACACAGCGCACGACAUCGGAACAUGUGAACAAAAAGUGUUAAAAUGUGAUAUUAAUUAAAGUGUGGACGUAAUAAACAGUGAUGAAUAAACGUGGCAAGAGAAACGUUGGCAUGAUAAGGCUGGGAAGAUGCGUAGCGUUUUUGGCUGCCGCCGCGUUUUUGCUGCCAUUCACAAUUCUUCUUAUGGUAGCAGACCAACAGUAUAACUUCACGUAUAACUCUAAACGUAUCUUCUAUCAGGAGAGUGACUUCUAUAAAAUAAAUGGGACGUAUUACCCUCCCGUAACGACACCAUUUUAUCGGACUCAGUUCGUGUUUGAGAAUGGCACACGCGAUGACGGUCUUCUCUCGCGUGAGAAGUUUCUGGAAGUCGGUGCGCGGAUGGAUUCCAGGCGAGAGUUUCUUAGGAGCGAAUGUUCUAGACUUGGUCUGGACGGCUCCAGCCAGAAGGCUUAUGCGUGGGAAUACCUCAUCAACCGCCAGUAUCAUGUUAUAUGGUGCAACAUAUUCAAAGCGGCAUCAACAUCGUGGAUGUACAACUUUAAUUUAAUGGCGAAUUACAGCGCGGCAUUUCUCAAUAGAACGAAAGAGGUUCCUUUAGAACUGGCCAGGAAACGUUACGCGAGGCCAACGGUCGAGAUGAUUAGAAAGGCCCAGGGGGACUCCAUCACGUUUCUCAUCGUGAGGCACCCGUUAGAACGAUUGGCGUCGGCGUACAACGACAAAAUAGUACAUGCGUGGCCCAAGUCGUUCCAUGACAAAAUGGGACGUAGGAUCAUUAAGAAGUAUCGAAAGGCAUCAGAAUCAAAACCAGCGCCAAUGGAGAGAUAUCCGGUAUUCGAAGAGUUUGUCUCAUACGUUUUGGAUGAAACGAAGGCCAAACGAACAUUGGAUAUGCAUUGGACGCCCUACACGAGUUUCUGCACUCCAUGCAAGUUCAACUUCGACGUAAUUCUCAAGUUUGAAACCCUAGAUGAGGACCAAAGGUUUUUAAUACAAAUGUCGCGUCUACAAGAUAUCGUUAGGCCUGAGUGGCGGAACAGCGGCAAGGGCACUAACACGCUGCAUAACAUUAACCAUCUUUAUUCGAGACUCAGCAAUUCGCAGUUGGAUGGGCUGUACAAUUUAUACAGAUAUGAUUUCCAGCUCUUCAACUAUACAAUCCAAAAUUAUUAUGACAUCAUUCACAGCGAAGGCACCACAUAUGGAUGAAUAUGAAACCAAACCAAGGGUCAGUAUAUUGGCUAAGACUGAAGUGGAGGAUCGCUUUGAAUCUCGUUAAUCUAAUUCUAAUUUGAAAUAACGGGCAUACUCGCUUAUAUUGCAAACGUCAUAGACAACUAGACGUCUAUAAACAAACGUCAGAAUACUUAAAAGUAAUUAUACUCUGUUAUUAGAAAUAUACUAAAAACCUAUAUUACAAGCUGUAUUCGUGAUCUGAGUAUUCAGACAUUAAUUUCACUAUAAUAAUUUCUAUAUAAUACCUCUGAAUAGUUACAAAUAUUAUUUAUUUCAACUGUUUUUUGUAAGAAUACUUAAAUAAGUAGCAAAUCCAAAGAUUAUAAAAACGUUAGUAUCGUUUUCCCUUUGAUAGAUUUAUUUAAGUUUAUAAUAAGCGAUACCUAGAUACCCUAAUUACUAAGGCGAAAAUCGAGUUUUGAUUAUAAAACUAAAUCGAUCUAAAUACACCCUUUUUACUAAAGUAGUCCGUCUCUUUCUGUCAAAUUGUGUUUACGCUCUGAUGAAAGGUGACAGAUACUUUAGUAAAAAUUUCUUUGAUAAGGGUCUAAAUAUUCACGAUUCAUUUAAUAAAGCUUAGAAUAUCUUACAACUACUGUAAGAACUGUAGUACCAAAGCGUUUGCAGCUAAUAGAUGAUGGCAAUGAUACUCAAAAUAUUAAAACAAGUAAAUUAUUACUAGGAGUAAUAAGUAUGGUAAAUAUAAGGCAUCCAUUAUUUUCCCUUGUUUUGACCGAUGCCGGGAAAAGGAGAGCAAUAUUAAAUCAUAUCACCUUGCAUUUAAAAUAUGUUACAUAAAAUAUUUAAAUGAAUGUUACAUUAUAAAAGUACAAUACAUAUAUGAAAUUUUUUGUAAGAAGACUAUCGUAUUUCAAAACGUCAAGCCUAAAUCUUUUUUAAAGAAGUGUCAAAUGAGUUAUUGUCUAUGGGAUAUGGCUAUAUAAGAGUUGAAAAUGUUUUGAAAUACGAAUCGGAGUUAGUGCUUUAUAAAUAAAAUAAUAUAUUAAUUAGUGUCAAUCUCAUAAAUAUUAAUUACACGAUAGACAAUUAAAAAAUAGAUUGUCCUAGUUUAUUUAUGAACAGCUAAUAAUUAAUUUAUUAUAAAUGUAAUUUAUAUUAUUAUCUUAUAUUGUAUGGUCUAUACAUCAGAAAUAGCGCACAAAAUUAAACGGAAUGACAUUAUUUUUAUAAGUUACGGCUUAAUUAUUGUAAAUACAAUCAACAGGUAUACUGUUUCAAAAUAGUCAAUUAAUCCUCUCAAAAUCUUUUUUAUCACGAAAUAAGGACAGAAAAGUAUCAAAUUUUAAUGGCGUAUUCUGCAAAUUGUCACCUUUUUUUCUGUCUUAUAUGAGCUCGAUAGAUUGUGAAGAUUCAUUCAAUUAUAUGCCACAGAAUAUACAAACGUUCGUAUUUUAUAAUGAAUUUUGUUACUUUUUACAAAUUUGAUUGAUUGUGGUAUAAAUUUUCGUAGGAAAUAUUUCUUACAUAGUAGUACUAUGUAUGUAAUAAAUAAUAUACAUAUUUAGCAAAAUAUGUCAUUGACACAGUUUUAGUACUUCAGAUGUUGUUUAGAGCUUAUUAUAUCUACCCACCAAACUAGUCUAUAUUGAACUAUUAUUACUCUGAUAAAUCAAAUUUCGAGAUUAAUUGUUAUCUAAAUAAGUUCUUCCUAAAAUGUUUAGAUGUAAAUUGUCAUAGACUUUAGAACAAAAAAUUCUUUAACGAAUAUUUAUUGUAACAAAAAUGUAAUAUAAUGUUUCAUGUAAUACUUUAUUAUCACAGAAUGUCUCCCAAAGUGAGCUUGUAUAAAUACAUUUUAUUUGAUAUUCACACAACAUAGUCUUGAACAAAGUUGGUACAACGCCAUCUAGUGACAUUAUUUAACGAAAAGGACUGUCAUUUUAAAACUAAAAUACUACAAUUUUGUAAUAUCAGUUUUGUUUUUUAUAUAUCAGCCAGUUUUUAAUUCUUGUAAAUUACAGAUAGCUCUUUCUUUCGCAUUUAUGUAUAAUAAUUCAAGUUACCUUGGAAGUCUUAGAUCUAGUUGGAAGGAAUAGACCAAAACAUGGCCUAUGAAGAAACUGGAAUGGUGCUAUAGUCCUUUAGAAUUUGAUCUCAUAUCAGAAUGAGACGUGCAUAUUAUGUACUUGUUGCCGCGUUAGCUCCCAUUAGGGAAGGUUGUGUUAUGUUGAUGUUAAAUAAGAUUUUAUUCUUAGUAUAGAGAAAUAAAUAAUAAUAAAUA